UACAUAAAUACAUAUACAUUCAGCGGCAGCUCGUGAGAGAGCUUCGUACGCAGUUGCGAGAGCAAUCGCUGUACAGCUCCAGAGCUUCGCUGUGAGCAGAUAGCCGGUAGAAGAUGAGGAGCAGCAGCUCAGCUCUGAAGCAUGUUGCGGUGUUGUUUCUCGUGUCUUGGAUGGCGGCGCAUUGCGGCAAUGAGCUCGUCGUUGCCGCCGGGCCUCCUGGUCAGUCCCCAUCCUUCCGUCAAAAAACUGGCUGGUACGACUACUCUGCCUACACGGACUGCAGAGGCCAGCCGGAGCCAGCGCAGUACAACGGCGGGAUUCUGAGGUACAGCAACAGCGACGACCCGACGGGGUACAAGACGACGGAGACCGGCGUCCUGUCCCCGGCAUUUGUGGUCUACGACCUCAACAAGACCACAAUGUACACCUUCUCAGGCUGGAUCAAGCUGGAAGGCUCUUCCUCGGCUCUGGUCACCGCGAGGCUGGCCCCGGACAACUCCGGCACCAGGUGCAUCGGGACGGUUCUCGCCAGGAGCGACUGCUGGUCCUUCCUCAAGGGCGGCUUCACCCUGGACUGGCCAACCCAGACCUCGGUCAUCUUCUUCCAGAACGCUGACAGGACCCCGAUGAAGAUCACGGUCGCGAGCGGCUCGCUCCAGCCGUUCACCAUGGAUCAAUGGUCGAUGCACCAAAAAGAUACGAUCCGGAAGAGGAGGAAGCGGAUGGCCACCAUCCACGUCGCCGACCCGCACGGCACCCGCGUGGUCGGCGCGACGGUGUCCGUGCAGCAGACCGCCAAGGACUUCCCGUUCGGCUCGGCCAUCGCCUCCACCAUCCUAGGAAACGAUGCUUACCAGAAAUGGUUCGUGGACAGGUUCAACGCGGCAGUGUUCGAGGACGAGCUCAAGUGGUACUCGACGGAGCCGGCGUCGGGGCUCCUCCGCUUCGACGUGCCGGACCAGAUGCUGGCGUUCGUGCGCUCCCACCGGGUGAUGGUGCGCGGCCACAACAUCUUCUGGGAGAACCAGGACGCGACGCCGCGGUGGGUGAAGGGCCUCUCCCCGGAGGACCUCCGCUCCGCCGUGAACACGCGCAUCCAGAGCCUCAUGACCCGGUACCGCGGCGAGUUCGCGCACUGGGACGUCAACAACGAGAUGCUGCACUACAACUUCUACGAGCAGCGGCUCGGCCCCAACGCGACGGCCGACUUCUUCAGCGUGGCGCAGGACGCCGACCCGCUCGCCACGCUUUUCAUGAACGAGUACAACGUCGUCGAGACCUGCGACGACGGCUCCUCCACCGUCGACGCCUACGUUGCCAGGCUCAAGGACCUCAGGGCCGCCGGCGCCGUGCUCGAGGGGAUCGGCCUCGAGGGCCACUUCUCCAAACCAAAUAUCCCUUACAUGAGGGCCGUCCUCGACAAGCUCGCCACGCUCAACCUGCCCAUCUGGUUCACCGAGGUGGACAUCAACAACAAGUUCGACGCGCAGACGCAGGCCGUGUACCUGGAGCAGGUGCUCAGGGAGGCGUACGCGCACCCGGCGGUGAGCGGCGUCAUGCUGUGGACGGCGCUGCACCAGGGCGGGUGCUACCAGAUGUGCCUCACGGACUGGAACCUCAACAACCUGCCCGUCGGGGACGUCGUCGACCGGCUGCUGCAGGAGUGGCAGACGGGCCAGGCCACCGGGCUCAGCGACGCGCACGGCGCCUACAGUUUCAGUGGCUACCUCGGCGAGUUCGUAGUCACCGUCAACUACGGCAACACCUCGGCACAGUCCACUUUCUCGCUAUCUCCGGGGGACGAGACCAGGCACAUCACCGUUCAGAUUUGAUCGCAUAGAGCUGUCCAACCUUGCAGUUGGUAGCUUCUACCUCUACUAGUUGCAUACUUGGUAGUGCCGCUUAAUUAUACUAGUGUAGUGGUUGUUAUGUGCAUGAUAGCUUCCAUCAUUAUGUCAUUGGGAGCUUGUCUCGUCUCGUCUAACAUGUGAAUUCCCCAUGGCACGACGUGCUGCCGUGUGCGGGUGCCAAAGAAGUUGAUCGCCGAGAACGAGCUGUAGAUCUUGUGUGAAA